AUGCAAGGCCCUCCGCGCCGCUACUCCGUCCUGUACGACGAGAUUGUAGAGAACCCAGAGCUUGCGAAGUUCCGGAGAAACAUGGACUUAUGGACUUGGAUGCUGUACAACGAAACGGGGGAAAUCGAUAAACUACGCCGGGAAUGUGAUGAACUCAUCGAGACCAUUGGCGCGAAGGAUUCUCGCUGGACCUCUGACGUCUAUGCUCGACAUUUCGCUGCUCGAAAGACUUUGUUCGAGGAAGGUCUGUUUGGACCAACCAAGGAGGAGGCGGCCAUGUACACCCAGGUUCCGUCGCAUGCCGAUACCUGUUCUUUCAAGGACGGCGAACUAGAUGAGCAGGACAUGUUGACUGCUUUCGUUAUUCGGCACCUCGAAUCAGUCAAUACGUACGUGACGCAGUUGAUCACUCGCAUCCUGAGACAACGAACUCUUGAGGAAGGCGUUGCACCUCGGCAAUACCUUGAGCUUAACAAGAUACAAAUGGUCGCCAACAUACUUACCGGAAUAUAUGUACCAGUAUUCCUAGCAAUAUGCUUGGGCAUUCUGAGCUGCAUCGAAUCUGAGAAAAACCGUAUUGUUGUGCUCGGUGUGCUUGGUAUCCUGCUUGCGCUCCUCAUGGUCGUGUGCGUCCCGGUGCCGAAACGUAACGACAUGUUCGCAAUUACGGCUGCCUUCUUUGCGGUGGGAGGUAUCUUCAUAGGAGCGAAGCGUGAAAGCGAUUGA